CAUUUGGAGGAGUGGGCUGGGGAGGUGAAGGAGGAGGCGGAAGAGGUAUGCGCGUUUGGUAAAUUUGCCACGCGGGGGGCCGUGCGGUUUAAGACGGAGGAGUCGAUGUGGAUGUUUUUUGACAGCGCGGCGGGCAAGAAGCAUUUCCACGCCAGGGGGGAGACGAUCUAUGCGAACCCGCAUGGGCUCCGCGACCCAAACCCAAAGACCACGGCGGUCCAGAAGGGCACCGACGCGAAGAAGCAGAUUGACACUAACCACUCCAAGGGCAGGGUGCGGUGGAAGGACAGGCGCGUGGCGGAGCGGGUGAAGGGGGAGGGCAAAAUGAAGCUGAUGGGCGAGGCAGAGGGCCAGGACGAGGACGGGGAGAAGAUGGAGAUAGAGCGGUGCGUCGAUGAC